ACACAGCGAGUGUGCUAGCGAGCAUUACGUUAGGUUGUGUGUUGUAUGUGAGAAGCACAGCAGCAGUGAGCAAAGUAGCAGCGGUAGAGAGCAGUGACGGUGAUGACGAUAUCAUCGGGCGGAGUAGCGGCGGCAACGAGAGCGACAGUCGACUCUAGCUCGUAGAGUCCAGAGCUCUCUGCCCGUGUGCGUCCGUCCGCAUAUAUACACCCGGUGGCAGGUGUUAACGUUGUCGUGUCGGUGCUGGCCACAGCAGAGCAGAGGAAGAGAGCGUCGCUCUCGGGCGGCCCCCGCCGCACCAAAUGGACGCAUCGUCCAUCAUCACUCAGGUGUCGCGCGAUGACGAGCUCGGCCAAUUCAACAACGAGAAAGCACAACUACCACGGGAGCAUGAGACGAGCAUCAACGGGCCGAUCGCGAGCGAGAAGAAGCCACGAGGCGGCCGUGGUUUCCUACGUUCGCUACUAUGCUGCUUGGGACGCGGUGGCCGUGCCAGCAGUUCGAAGUCGUCGAAAGCCAGUUCGUUGCAAGGUGAUGGACGUGGUUCACCGGCACCAGGCACCGGUUCGCCGCGCUACCUGUUACCACCGAUACGCCACCAGGACAUGCACAAAAAAUGCAUGGUGAUCGAUUUGGACGAGACAUUGGUGCACAGCUCAUUUAAGCCAAUUAACAAUGCUGACUUUGUCGUACCGGUAGAGAUUGACGGCACGGUGCAUCAAGUUUAUGUGCUCAAGAGGCCCUAUGUCGAUGAGUUUUUACAGAGAAUGGGUGAGCUCUACGAGUGCGUACUGUUCACCGCCAGUUUGGCCAAGUAUGCCGAUCCAGUGGCUGACUUGCUAGACAGAUGGGGCGUGUUCAGAGCGCGAUUGUUUCGCGAAUCAUGUGUCUUUCAUCGUGGCAAUUACGUGAAAGAUCUUAACAAAUUGGGCCGGGAUUUGCAACAAAUAAUCAUCGUCGAUAAUAGUCCUGCCAGUUACAUUUUUCACCCUGAUAACGCGGUACCAGUAGCUUCUUGGUUCGACGACAUGACAGAUUCGGAGUUGCUUGAUCUGAUCCCGUUCUUUGAAAAGUUGAGCAGCGUGGACAAUAUCUAUACGGUGCUGUGCAACAGUAACCAUCCAUACAAUCAGGUGCCAGGUAGCGGUACAACAACGCAGCAGUCGACGCAGUUGAACAAACCGAACAACGCGAACACGACGCCAGUUGGUGCCUCCUAGCCCCAGCCAUACCAGCGUCGGCUGGUCAGUAGUCGAGCUUCGUCGUCGCUGGUAGUCGAGGCGACGCGACCUCAGUGUACUUUCAGACGUAUCCUCGCAAACCUUCGCCAAUUGGCGCAUAGCUAUUCGUCCUGUAUACAACAGCAGCGGAGGUCUAUUGCUCAUCAUCAUCACCAUCAUUAUCAUCAUCAUCAUCAGCAUCAGCCCGAGGAUUGUGAAUCCUUAGAGCGCCUUGGCGAUGAUAACAAUAGCAGCACACAAGCUAGCAAACCGACGAAUAGCACAUCAGAGUGAGGAUUAUAUCAAUUUGCAGUGCGAAGCCUGUUUCUUUUGCGUAAGAGCUUCCUUCGGUUUUUACAUUUCAAUCAGACAACUGCUAUUACUUUCGGCCUGUCAGUUUUAUUGCUUUACUUCACUGUAUGAAGUUAACGAUCGAAAAAAUUUUAAUGAUUAAAGACAUAGUGGAGUACGCGAUUUCGUUACGUCUUUACUCAUUGAACAAUGAAACUAAUGGUACUUUAGAAUCUGAAGCAUUUUUAAAAUAAAAACAUUGAAAUGAAAGGAUUGAAGCAUGUGUAAAAAAACUAGAUAAGAAAAGUCGUCUUUAGAGACCUGUUAUUCAUUGAUCAUUAAUGGUAUGUUUCGAAUCGAAUCAAUGCAGUCAUUAUAGUCCUCUCAAAAGGCAAAGAAACUUGUGAAAACAGUGUUAAAAAUACCGAAAUUACUAGAAACAAACAUGGGUGUAAGUUCUUGAAGACGCUCUCAAACAGAUCGAUUUGGUGAAAGUGGAACUUACGCAGAGGACUCAAUAAUUAGGAUUUAUCAAUAUUCAUUGAUUAAUUAUGAACUCAGUUAAACAAAAGAACUUCCAGAAAGUGGAAUCAUUUCGAAACGAAAAGAAAAAUAAUUAUUAUAAGAUCAUGAAUGCGGCAAAUAUAUAAGAAAAAAUCGCAAUAAUACGAAAAAAUUCAGUGAUCACGUAUAUUCACUGAAAUAAUUUUUAAAGAGUACUUUAUUUUUAUUAAGAAUUAUAAUUGAUAAAAUUUCGAGUAUAUUUGUUACUGAGUGUGUAUGUAUGUGUGCGACUAAUUUAAGCGAAACGAACGAGGCGCGUGCGUCGGGUAAAGUUUAUUUUAUUAGAGUUAUAAAAUAAUUUACACGUAAAAUUAUCAAUGCCCAAUAGUAAGAUAAAAGUCUCGCGAAAAUAUAUAUUUAUCUUCUUGUAAUAUACGCUAUUUGACUUGUUGCUGCGAAUGAUUGAUGAUAAAUAUACUGUAUUCCAAAAAAUGUGUGUGUGCAUAUGAAAUGUGCUGACUAGUUUCUUUUUUAUCUUAAAGUAACUCUAACUUUAACACUAACUUUCUUUCUGCUUUCUUCAUAUUCUGCUGAGAGCAAUGAAAUACUUAAGUUUUAUUACUAUAAUAAUAAAUACAAAGGCAUUUUACCAUCUGCCUUUAUAGGAUUAAGAUUUGCUACUAAACCGCUACGAAAAAAGGAACUCAAAUUUUAGCUACUAAUUUUACAAUUGGAUUGCGAAUCUUUUUCUCAAUAAUAAUUAUAUCAUUAUUGAUAUAGUACAAUCGAAAAGCGUUACAGUAAAAAUAGAGCUAUUACCGUAAGAUAAAACCAAUAAAAUACAUUACGUGUAGAGAUUGAACAUCUGUCAUUGUUCAAUUUAUUCUAGAAUUAGAAAUUUGAUAUUCUAUUACAUAUCUUAACAAGGGUCGUGGCAGCGACCUGCGGCAUGAAUUUCAUUGUAACAAUAACUUUAUUUAGCUAAAUUUAGUGAUUGUCAAAUGCAGACACUUGAAACGCAUUUUUACUGCUGCUAUUCUAAUUGAUAGAUAUACAUUGAUUCCAUUAACCAUUUAUAAAAAAAUUAUUAAAUUACCAAAUAAUAAUUACAUAAUGCAGCUCUCUUUGUAGUCUGUAUGAAAAUAUGGAUUGUAAUUUGAGGAUGUUUAACAAUGAGUGUUUUUCUAUUUAUGUAAGUUUCUAGGUAUUACAACUGAUUGACUUGAACAUUUGUACAUUGAUUGAUAUUGAUUUUUUGAUAUGAAAAUGUUAUUAUUGGCUGAAUUUUAGACUGUUUUUAAGUAAAAGUUAUCAGUGUCAGCUAUUGACGUAUUUGAACCUUAAAGAAGGCUUUUUAAAUUUUAUCAAACUUAAAUACAAUUGAUUCAUUUUUUUAGUUCGACACAUGUAACAUUUUUCAAGUGUAAAAAAUAAUCAAUUUUAAGAUUUUUUCAAUGAAAAUAUUAAAAGAUGCACACCAUAGCCACGCCACUCCAUGUCAAAAUAGUAUUCAUUAUUAUUUAGCUUAACGUUAACGGAGUAACUAACGUUAUAAAAAUAGUUAUUGAACAUUCUCCAGAAUAAAGACGCCUACGACUUUAUUUAUACCUAACUGCAUUUCUUUCACAGCGUUGCCUCAUUAUGCUGAGGGCAGAGUAUCCGCUUCAAUCAAUUUCUGUGGGUAUCCGGGGAUCACCUCGGAAACAAAGCUCUUACAGAAUGGGAAUUGAGUAUAGGACAAAAUCAUUAGCGCGAUUGUUCUGGAGAAUGUCCAAUAACUAUUCCUAUAAAUUUGGUCGAUAAGUUAAUGUUAAGCUGAAUACCAGUAACUAAUAAUUAGGUAUCGGCUGGCGUGGACGUAGGGUGGGUUUUCGUCUUUAAUGUUUUUACAUCUUUAUUCGAGUCGGAACAAUAGAUAUGUAGCAUAAUAAAUUUAACCAAUGAAUCAACGUGCCUUUGAUGAAAGUCGGCGCUUUUGCCAAAUUUCAUUUGAUUCGAUGUACACACGUUUCUCAUAGACGCAUUUGGCUCACCGAAACGAAAGCUUUUAGCCCUUGUAAUAUGUAAGCAAAAGAACAUGUAGAUAAAGCUCACGACUUUCAAAUACGCAUAAAUACAAACAAUGAGACUUCUUUUAUAAGCGUUAUGCAUUGUGCAUUAUUUUGUUAUCAGCAGCAAGUUAAUUAUCGCAUCUUUCACGAGACUUUUAGACGCUCAAGAACACACUAUUAUAUAUGUGUAUGUGUAUGUAUGUAUGUGUGUAUGUAUGUAUGUAUGAAUGUAUGAAUGUCUGUGAAAAGAAAGACAAAAGAAUUCGACGCUUUUUAGCCUCGCAUCGAUAAUCUUACAAGAAUACAAAAUAAACAUGUGCGCAGCGACGCCGCGUAUCGUUUAUAUAUAAGCGAAUGCGAUUGUUAUUCAACUCCCUCCUAUGUAUAAGUGUACACUGUAUACGUGAAAUUUGUCGCGAUAAGAAUUUAUAACAGAGAACCAAGCUAAUUGUUCAUUUGUUUAUGCUGAUAUGUGACGGAAGUCGAGCAGAAUCGGCAUUGGUACGUUUUUUUUUAAUUCAGCCGGAGGUUCACUCAUUUUCGACUUCACUUUUUUAAGCUUUUCUUCUCUUCGUAUCCGAGUUGUCAAUCGGCUGUGUAAUUAGACUGCAUGAAUGUCCUUUGUUGAACACGAGAAAAAAGCGGUAGUUCCUAAUUGAAAUGUUCAAUGCUCAUAGUGAUUAUUGAACGCUCAAUGUUUUUUAUAAAUCAUUUCUUAAACGUUUCUUUUUUGUGUGAAUUGUAUAAUUCUACGCAUUUUAUUAUGCAACGAUAAAAGUCGGAACGUUGUUGUUGAACUUAGCAUAUUCUCUAUGUUUAUAGUAGCUUUUUUAUUAAUAAUCUCCACAACUAAAUAUCGAAAUCUCAAUGGUCGUGUCAUCACAAAAAUUCAUGUGUUUUCUUUUGCUAUCCAAAUCGAUCAUCGAAUCUGCUCGACCUCCAUUAGUCCGACGCAAGUGUUGGUUUUAUUAAAAUAUCGCGCCACAUCGACGCCUGCGACCAAGUUCUAUGUUAAUGAUUAUAAUCGACGCUCAAGCUGUAUAAAACAAAAAAAAAACUAUAUUUUAAAAAAAUUAAGCAAUCGAGAGAGAGUGUGUGAGAGAGAGAGAGACAGAGAGAGAGAGAAUAAUCAACAGAAAUAGAGCAUUACUACUGUUCACGGAACAGUGCUUUUAUAAACAUAUUGAACGAAAGAAAAAAAUUAUAACGUAGACUUUUUUUAUAAGCGCAGCCAAUCGAGCGAAAUUGUUAUGAAUAAAUGAACGUAGAUAGAUUUGCUGAAAACUUGCGAAGAUCGCUCUAUAAAGAAGAUAUUAUAAAUACAUAAUUGUACAAAUGGGUAUAUCGAAUGCAAAUGUUCUCUUUCGAAUUCACGAGUGUUAGACACAACACACUCGAAUAAACACAAUUUAACAUACACAAGCUAACAUUUAACGCAGUUUACACACGCUAUAAAACACGCAAACUUACAAAUUUGCGCCCCCUAGAUGAUGGUAUUAAUGUAACAAUUAUAAAGAAAAACAUGAGAUUGCCUUGAUUUGUAAAUAAUAUAAAACAAAGUACUAUCGCAGCUUCCGAGUGAAGGUUGAGAAGAAGGAUGAGUAAGGGAAAAUCUUUGCGGUUUGCAGCGCGUGCCACUAAAUACUUGAAAUUAAAAAAGAUAUAUUAAUAAUGAUAAACGAUAUAAAUAGUUAUUAUUAAAAGUGCGACUCGCGUCCGCGGCUUAUGUAGAUGACUUUUCGUACGUUUUUCUACCGACGAAUCAGACAUUUUUUAACGUUUGCGUCAUAUUUUGUACAAUAAAGAAAAAUUAUACAGUAAAAUAAGGAUAACGAAACAAGAAGAGAAUAAUAAAAUAAGAGAAAAAAAUGAAUGAGCCGUGGCCUCGCGAGCCGUGCGACAUAGCUGAUUGAAAGAGAGUCAAGAGAGAAACGAUAUAACAGCGUAAAUAACAUCUCCCGCCCCUCCAAUUGUCCAGUUUGCUCUGUGAUU